GCAGCGCGCUGCCUGGAAUUCACGUCACUUCGCCGCGAAGCGUCCGGAUCAAUGAGGUUCCGCGCCGCGCGCUGCGCCGCGCUCCCGCGAGCGACGCUUCCAGGAAGGUGUUAACCAUCGCGCUGCCGCAAUGUAGCGCCCGCUCGCGCGUCUACAAACAAGGACAGGGAGAAGUUGAAGUAUUCCGCGCGGGGCGAGGCCAAUGGAUGCGCGAGCGCGUUAAAAUCGCCUGCGCGUCGCGAGGGGAACAUUGUUAUCCAGGCGCUUUAUUUCGCGGAAGAGCAAGGGAGAGGAAAGUGGAAACAGAAGAACUUCCUGAAUUUCAGCGAGACAUGUCCGAUUCCCCCUCGCAGCUCAUUAUCAAGCAGGAGAGGAGUGUUUUCAGUCCGUCUGCGAGCCCGUUGCCAAAUUCCACUUCCUCUCCCGGCCAUGUCCCACCCUCUUCAGCUAAUGCCAGAACAGAAGAGGAACCAACCAGACUGCCUGCACACCUGCGGAUGCAGCCGGUGUUCUGGAGUCGUGAGGAUGUGUGUCAGUGGCUGCGCUGGGCGGAGAGGGAGUUCGCUCUGAGGCCCAUAUCCAGCGCCAGCUUCCAGAUGAACGGGAAAGCCCUGCUGCUGCUCACCAAAGAGGACUUCAGAUACCGCUCUCCUCACUCAGGUGAUGUUCUGUACGAGCUCCUGCAGCACAUCCUGAAGCAGAGGAAGACUCACUCGGUCUCGUCUCCGUUCUUUCCCAUCGGCUCCUUCCAGACGCUCGGCGACGCUCCGCUGCAGACGCACAAACUCGAAGGUGAGCCGCUCUUCUUCUGUUUCGGCUGGUGUGCGAAACGCGGCGGCUCUCGCACCGCAGACACUCACUCUCUGCAUCCGCCGACCAUCGAGCUUCGCCAUCGCUCUCGCUCGCCCCAUCAUCUGCCCGCUGCGCUGCGCUCGGAGGACCCCCAGCAGGCGUCCGCACAGCUGCCCGACAGCAACCACCACCCGCAGGACGACGUCUAUCCUCUGUCGGUGUCUCCGUCGGCGGCUAACGGUCACUGCGUGCUUCAGGAGGAGCCUCCGCCGCCGGCCCGAGUCAUCCAGCUCAUGCCCAGCGCCAUCAUGCACCCGCUGCUGGGCCCCGACUACAGGAGAGCGCCGCAGGAGAACGGCCGCGAGGUCAAAGGUCAAGCGCACUUUGCCCAUCAGACGCCUCUCCAGCUCCCCCUGCAGGACGAGCGUCACUACCGCAACCACAUCAUCAUGCCUGUGUCUCCGCCCGAGGAGCAGGCCACGCCCAUCGGCCGCAUCGCAGACUGCAGGCUCCUGUGGGAUUACGUCUAUCAGCUUCUGUCGGACAGUCGCUACGAAAACUACAUCCGCUGGGAGGACCGCGAAACCAAAGUCUUCCGCAUCAUGGACCCCAACGGCCUGGCCCGCCUGUGGGGGAACCACAAGAACAGGACCAACAUGACGUAUGAGAAGAUGUCACGGGCGCUGAGACACUACUAUAAACUCAACAUCAUCAGGAAAGAGCCGGGACAGAGACUGCUCUUCAGGUUCAUGAAGACCCCAGACGAGAUCAUGAGCGGGCAGACGGAUCGUCUGGAGCACCUGGAGUCGGACACAGACGAUCAGAUCUAUGUGAAGGAGGAGUGCUGAGCGAGCCGCUCCACAGCAUGAACUUCUAAAGCCGCAGAUGCCUCGGUCAGCCCGUCUGACCUUUGACCUCUGUGUGACCUCCAGAUCAUGGAGGAUCUGCACUGCACUUCUCUCAGUCUGUCGAAGCCCAUCCUACUCGCUGUUUUUUUUUUUUUGUUUUGUUUUUUAGUCUUAUACUUCAGCAAACUUCACGGUGACAAUCAUUUUAAUGACAAACGAUGCUCUUUUUUCAAAUCAGAUCUAGAAAUUGUUGGUGCAGCUUUUUUCCUCUUUGGUAAGUAUAUUGUACGAAGACCUGCGAUUUGUAUAAACAUGGGAUUACUAGAAUGCUGGUGAAAAUGUGAUUCAAUGCUACAAUAAAUUUUACUGAGUGACA